AUGGACGACCAAUACGCGCAACGGCAAUGGGCCUUGGAUAUGAGAAAUGAUUUACGAACACCUCCAUUGCCUCACGACAUGAGGCCCGAACGGGACUUCAACAGACCAGAAUGGGAUGGCACUGAAUACACCCCGAUUCAGUUGCAGAGCGACACCAAUGCACUGGCACAAGAUAGUUUCGGUCAUGUUGACUAUGUCACAACUCGGUCUGACAGCGACACUCUUAACGUGCCGGAUCAGGAUAUCUACCACACCUCAACUACAGCUGCGUCUAUUGUUAAGCCAAAGAAGAAACAAUCCGCCUGGAUCAGGCUGUCUACAACGUGGUGGAUGGAAGCCAUUACCAUAUUCAUCAGCACCGGCUUUAUGAUAGGCCUGAUUGCCAUUCUCGCCAGUUUCCAGAACCGGCUCACAACGGAGUGGACGUUCUUCAUCAGCAUCAACGCCGUCGUUGCCAUCGUCAUCACUGCAGCGCGGGCAACUCUCCUCGCCACCGUAUCGGUAUGCCUCAGCCAGGAGAAAUGGAAUCACUUCAACAACAGGGCUCGUCGCCUCCAAGACCUGAAUAUCAUCGAUCGAGCAAGCCGUGGACCCUUGGGCUCUAUACAAAUGCUCUUCAGCGUUUCCUGGGGGAUGGCAACAGUCAGCGCGGUAGUCAUGAUUCUGUCUCUUGUCACCGAUACGUUCGUGCAGCAGGUAGUUUCCUUCCAGCCUGGUACCAUAUAUGCCCAUCAAGAGGGGUCAGCAACUUUCGGACACGCAGUCAGCUAUAGCAGUGGCCUGAACUUUGACCGGGGGCGCUCUGUACACGACGGUAUGGUUUUAAUAAAUCAAGGUGCUGCUAUAAACGUUGAUAUGCAAUCUGCCUUCUUCCGGGGCAUUUGGCAGACUAGUUGGCCCUCUGGGGUGAACUGCACCUCCAACUGCACCUGGGACCAGUCCUAUUACACCAUAGGCUUCACCAACACCUGUGCCGACGUCACGAAGGAGACUUUGGAGAGUCUCCAGUGCAGCGACAACCGCACUAUCACCCUGCCUUAUGCCUAUCCUGCUCCUUGCAAUCUGACCACACCGCACGGCUUACACUUCCCUUUUAAGACAAACGUCGGGGGCUCUUCCAUGGCUAUAAACUCUAGCGGCUGGGAUUCUGGCACAAAUUCAUACAAAUUGCUGGAUGGCAGAAACAUUUCCAGAACGGCCUUCUGGUCUUGGAACCGAGAAGACAUUGACAUGACCAAUAUGAGUGUCCAACUGAAGCCGAUGCUGCAGAAUUCGACAGUCGUGGAGUGCACAUUUGGCGUUGUAGUAUACAAAUACUCCAACAUCUCAUUCAUCUCAAACAAGUUCACUGUCGGCGCAACCGAGAAGACACCCCUUGGGAAAGCAUCUGGUUACACAGACCUGAUUCUGCCAGAGUGUGCUUCUAAUAACUGCUUCUGGAGAGAUGAGCUGCUUUGGUGGAACAAUACCAGCCCGGACAUUCCACACAUUUCCUUCUCCGCGACAGAUCUAUCCAUAGUAACUCGCCUCUUUGGAUCGCAGGCUUUCUCUGGUAGCGUCGGCCUGACGACCCUGUCUCCCCUCAACGCGCCAGCGGGCAGCACGAUAGCGUUUGGCAACGGAAGCCUGGAAACUGUGUCCGGCAUACUCGACAACGUGGCACAGAGCUUGACGGACAUGAUACGGGAAAAGGGCACGGUACAGGUCGCGCAAGGCCUAACGAGCCAGGCCGUUGUGUACAUGCGCGUGCAGUGGCUGUGGCUCAUCCUGCCGAUAACUUUGCAAGUGCUUGGUGUGCUGGCGUUGAUUGGGGCUCUGAUUGGGAGAAGGCAGAGCAAAGACGUGCCGCUGUGGAAGGGCUCGGCUCUGGCUGUGCUGUAUCAUUCCGUUGAUAAGGACGGAGUUUUGGGAACUCAAGUGAAGGAUUUACAAGAACUGGAGGAUCUGGGAUUGAAGCAAGUUAUGCUAGAGAAGAAAAAUGAUGGGACUGAUCCGUAG